AUGUCUUCCAUAGGUCCACAAAUUCCAGCACACCUUCUUCCAACCGUCGCAUCAGCCGAGGAUUCUGACGAAGACGACGAUUACACACCGGCUCUGCCACCCGACCUUGCUGCCUCCCGCACAGCUGGGCCCUCGUUGCCCUCACAGAGCAAAUCGAAUACACCGCCUCCAAAACGACAAUACGUAGGACCAUCAUUACCUCGCUCGCAAGCUCCUUACGAUGAUGACUCGGAUUCAGAUGUUGGACCUCAACCACUUCCUGCAACUUGUGCUUCGCGAAUAGAAGGAAAGUCAGGCGUGGAAGAGUUCUUGGAGAGGGAGGAAAGAAGAAGGAAACUUCAGGAAGAGGCGAGCAAGCCGAAAAAGCUUCAACGGGAGGAGUGGAUGCUUGUACCUCCAAAAAGUGGCGACUUAUUGGCGUCGCUUGACCCGACGAAAGUCAGGCCUCGUCAGUUCGCACGUAGUGCUGCACCAUCACGGGACAAUUCUGGAUCCUCCCUUUGGACCGAGACACCUGCGGAAAAACAGCAACGCCUUGCUGACGAAGUUGCUGGACGGAAACGACGUGCAGCAAAUGCGCCACCAGAGGAGGACUCGCAUGAGAUAGCUAAGCGACGGCGACGGGAUGAGGAGAUUCGUAGAGGAGUCGAGGAGCACACACGCAAUGCUCGUGGUUCAGCCCUUGUCGAGUCACAUAUAGAACGAGAAAAAGAGGAGGAGACGCACAAGAAGAAUGAACCCUCGGUUAUCUGGGAUCAUGAACGCGAUAUGUCUCUAGGUGGACGGCUUAUGGACGAUAAACAGAGGCAGAAGAUGCUUCGGGAUGCCAAAGGACUGGGAGAGCGUUUCGGUAGUGGGAGCAGCGGAGGUUUUCUGUGA